CUCGUUGGUAAAAACGAUAACAUUACUUCUGGCAAGUCAUGUUGUUUGUUGUAACCGCGUCCCGCGCGAAACAGCGCGUAACGCGUAACGUCUAAACAACGGACGUGUCUAAAGCGCUCUGCCGAGGAUGUAACUACGUGGGCCUCGCACAGGCCCGCGCGUUCGUUCGUUAUUUAGUCUGAUUUUAGUCGCUCUAGCGUACGACGAGCGCGUCGAAACAAGUUGGUCGCGUACGUAUUCCCUGCCGUCGCUCUCGCGUACGAUACCAUACCGUAAACAUGGACGAGCAGUUGACAGCAACGUAUCUUGGAUUGGACCUGAGCACGCAGCAGUUGAAAGCUGUGGUGGUUGAUGACAAUCUAGCCAUCCUUCACGAAACCAAUGUACAAUUCGACAACGAUCUGCCGGAAUUUAGAACUUACGGUGGAGUUAUACAGAAGAAAGAUGAGCCGCACGUUGUGGUGGUGCCUUCUUUAAUGUGGGUUAAGGCCUUAGACAUGAUACUCGAUAAGUUACGCGUCUGCGGUGUUGACUUUGGUAAAGUGUCAGCCAUUUCUGGAUGCGCGCAGCAACACGGCACGGUUUACUGGGGCAAAGGCAGUCAAAGUCGACUCCGACAUUUGGAUCCCGCGAAAUUUCUGUACGAACAGUUCGCUACGUCCUUCUCCGUGACUCACUCGCCCGUGUGGAUGGAUUCUAGUACGUCGAAAGAAUGUAGCGUUUUGGAGGAGAUCGUGGGUGGACCUCAUAAAUUAGCGGAAAUAACGGGUUCGCGGGCGUACGAGAGAUUCUCGGGACCGCAGAUAGCAAAAGUAGCGCGCACGAAACCGGAAGCCUACUGCAACACUGAGAGAAUUUCGUUGAUCAGUAGCUUUCUCGCUUCCCUGUUCCUGGGCGAUUACGCGCCAAUCGAUUGGUCGGACGGCUCGGGUAUGAAUCUGUUAAACAUUAGGACGAAGGACUGGGACGAUCUGUUAUUGGAGACUUGCGCAUCGGGACUGAGAGAAAAAUUGGAUAAACCUGUUUCCUCGUGCACCGAUAUCGGAUGUAUAUCGGCCUAUUUCGCGGAAAGAUUCGGUUUCAACGAGAAGUGUAGAAUAAUCGCGUUUACCGGAGACAAUCCAAGUUCCCUGGUCGGUAUGAGGCUAAAAGAAGGUGAUAUCGCUUGCAGCUUGGGUACGAGCGAUACUUUAAUCUUGUGGUUAAACGAGCCAAAAACCAUAACGGAUGGUCAUGUGCUGUGCAAUCCGGUGAACGAUCAGGCUUACAUGGCGUUACUCGGUUUCAAGAACGGUUCGUUAACGCGCGAAAGAAUACGUAACGAGGCUGCGCAGGGUAGCUGGCAGAUAUUCAACGAAUUAUUGGAAAGCACACCGCGGGGAAAUUUCGGAAACUUUGCUUUGUACUUCGACAUGCAAGAGAUCCUGCCGUUUGUCGUUGGCGAUUACAGAUACAACAAAGCUAACGACGAGAUCUCCCGUUACAGUUCGAAGGAAGUGGAAGUGAGAGCGCUCGUCGAAGGUCAAUUUGUCGCAAAGAGAGCGUACGCCGAAGACUUUGGAUUUGUCAUCGGAUCCGACACGCGGAUAAUCGCAACGGGAGGCGCAUCGAUAAAUAAAGCUAUACUACAAGUGCUCUCCGAUGUGUUUAACUCACCGGUGUAUGUUCUGGAAGCAGCUAAUUCGGCCAUGAUGGGUGCGGCGUAUCAUGCGAAACACGGUUUGUUACGGAAUAAUUGCAGUUUCGACGAAAUUACACGCUGCUUGCCAGAAUUAACUCUUGUAUGCCAACCUUACGACGAUGCCGAAUCCAUUUAUAAACCUAUGACGGUGCGUUAUCGCAGAAUUGUAAAUCAGAUAUUGAGGAAACAAAGUGAAAAGAAAUAUAUGUAAAAUAUUUGUAAAUAGUAACUAAAUAUUCUAAAGAAAGAGGCCUUUUUAUACAUUCCGUAUUUCAAAAGACUUAUGCUUUUAAAAGUACUGUAUAAAUAUAUAAAUACAAAUAUAUAUAUACAAAUAUAUAUACAU